CGCGAGUCGUGUCGGUCCGUUCAUAGUCCUCUCUCCAGAGCUCACACGUCUGUUAGCUCGACGGCUACGUGAUGUUCCGUGCUGUGUUCCGACUGUCGGCCACAGGAGUCCGAGCUGUGAGCAGGUCACAGCCCCGCUGCUCAGCUCCUCUGGCCUCCAGAUGUUACUCACACGGGAAAGCGGAGACCGAUGAAGAGUUUGAUGCCCGCUGGGUCACUUACUUUAGCAAGCCUGACAUUGAUGCUUGGGAACUGAAAAAAGGCAUAAACACCCUGGUUGGGUAUGACCUGGUACCUGAACCCAAGAUCCUUGAUUCAGCUCUACGAGCCUGCAGGAGACUGGACGACCUGGCCAGUGCUAUUAGAAUCCUUGAGGCUGUCAAGGACAAGGCCGGUCCGCACAAAGACAUCUAUCCAUACUUGAUCCAGGAACUGCAGCCAACUCUGUCUGAACUUGGUAUCUCAACACCGGAGGAACUUGGCAUUGACAAAUUAUAGACCUCAAAGGUUGACUGACGUGUGAGGAGAAGUGCACUCUGGAUUCUGUCUUGUCAAGAAAUGUCUAUAUUGUUGAUUUAAUCCAUGCCCUUCUGUUGUGUAAAAAGCGGUGGACCCAAUAAAGGAUUAUCAAUCA